AUGGGGGAGCAUGUAGCAGCAGUGCACACUGCUACUGAUGCUUUGCAAUCAUUAGGGAGGGGUUUUGAUGUGAAUUUUGAUACGAGGUUGCUUUAUUGUAAAGGAGUUUCAGGGUCUAGGGUAGUUGAGAUUGAUGAAGAGCACCGCAGGGAGCUGUUGUUGUACGAUGAUGUGGCUGUUCCUGACGUUUCCAGGGACAUUGGAAGCUCCCAGGAGGCCAUGGAGCGUCAGAGUUCUGGGGUCUGCACGUUUCGAGAGGUUUUAUGCAUUCAGGGUUUCCCUGCAAUAGAUGGUCCUGGUGUAAUAAAAUUGAGUUGUGGAAUGGCUGCUAGCGAUGGAUUUGUGGAAACCCUCAAAGUAAUAUUCAUGAGGAUGGUUUUGUUUGUCAUUUGUAAUUUGGGAUUGAUGGUGGAAUACUUUAAUGGAAGGGCAAAUAUAUCAGGGAACUUUCCUAUUGGGAGUUUUAAUGCUUCAUUUAGCUUCACUGGUUCAAAACAUGUUGACGCUGCAGCUACAAAAACCUUGUCUACAGAAGGGUUUUACAUUCCUCUUGCAAAGGUUCAGCUUAAAAAGUCCCACUUAACAUUGCAAGGAAAUGUCAAAAAGGCUGUCCCAGUCAAUUGGGACCCACCGGCCUUGGCAAGUUUUAUAGAAAAUUUUGGGACCCAUGUCAUUACAUCUAUAACUAUUGGUGGUAAAGAUGUUAUUUAUGUUAAACAACACCAUACUUCUCCUUUGUCAAAGUUGGAGAUGAAAAACUAUGUUCAGGAUAUUGGAAAUCAAAGAUUCUCUGACAUCAAUAGCCAAACAAGUUCAGGUCAAACAAAAUCCAAGGAUAAGGGUGUUGAUCCAUUUUCAUUCAAUAGUCAAGGGGUUUACCCCCAACCCACAACUGCAACAUAUCCUUCUGGGAAAGAAGAUGUCACUGUCAUUUUUCGAAGAAGAGGAGGAGAUGAUUUGGAACAAAACCACAGUAAAUGGCUAUCAACUGUCAAGUCCUCCCCAGAUAUCAUUGAGAUGACUUUCUGUCCUAUAACUGCUCUGCUUGAUGAAUUACCUGCCAAGGAGCAUUUGACUCGUGCCAUUGGUCUUUAUCUUGAACAUAAACCUCCAAUUGAAGAACUUAGAUAUUUCCUAGAGUUUCAGAUUCCUUGUGUAUGGGCUCCUUUACAAGAUAGGAUUCCUGGUCAGCAAAGGAAGGAACCUGUGUGUCCAUCUUUGCAAUUCAGCAUAAUGGGCCAGAAACUUUACAUCAGUCAAGAACAGGUUACAGUGGGACGUAGACCAGUAACUGGAUUACGUCUCAGACUAGAAGGAAGCAAGCAGAAUCGACUGAGCGUUCAUGUUCAACACUUGGUAUCCCUCCCAAAAAUCCUCCAUCAAUAUUGGGACAGCCAUGUUGCUAUAGGUGCUCCCAAGUGGCAGGGACCCGAGGAGCAAGAUAGCCGAUGGUUUGAGCCUGUUAAGUGGAAGAACUUUUCUCAUGUGAGCACUGCACCAAUUGAGAACCCUGAAACCUUCAUAGGAGACUUCUCUGGUGUCUACAUAGUUACCGGAGCUCAGCUUGGAGUGUGGGAUUUUGGAUCGCGGAAUGUAUUGUACUUGAAGCUAUUAUAUUCAAGGUUACCCGGCUGCACGAUCCGCAGAUCGUUGUGGGAUCACGUUUCAAACAGUUCGUCAAAAACUGUGAAAGUCGGAAACACUUCCAACUCGGAUAACUCAACUCUAGGAGAAAAUGCCACAGGCAACAAGUUGGUGAAGUACGUUGACUUGUCUGAGAUGACCAAAGGGCCCCAAGACCCUCCUGGCCAUUGGCUAGUCACUGGUGGAAAGCUUGGUGUGGAAAAAGGGAAAAUUAUUUUGAGAGUAAAAUAUUCAUUGCUUAAUUACUGA